GUGUGUGUGCGUUUGCCAUGUCGGCGCCCGGCACAUUGAGUAGCUAUUACGUGGACUCUCUCGUCCUCGCGGACGCAGAGUACUGCUCGGCGCCUCGGUACCCCGCUGGACCGGGGCUGCAGAGCGCGCGGCCGGCCGCGCUCCCGGAACACGCCGAAUUCGGAACCGGCACUUUCCAGACCAAGCCAUCUGCGUUCAGUGCGUCCUGGAGCGCAGUGCCUACCCAGCCUCCGGGCGGCGUGUCGUCAGUGUACCACCCGUACGCGGAUCCGCAGGCUGCCGUCGGGGACUCAGACGGGCGGUACAUGCAGUCUUGGCUGCUGGAGCCUUUUGCUGGAUCGCUACCCCGAACCGGAUUACCGUCGAGCCAGCACUGUGCCGUUAAACCCGAGAUCCUGUCCGGUGGGGCAGCGGAGAGCUCCACUCUACUCCUGUCCGAUUUCACCAGCGGGUCGCCGCCGGUGGACAAGAGUUCGUUGUCAAGCCCGUCCUCUCUAUCGCUGCCCGCCGCAGAGAGCGCGCCCGCCGACGAGAAGCCAGAAAGAGACCCGAAUAACCCGGUGUCCAACUGGCUGCACGCGAGCUCCACGCGGAAGAAGCGCUGCCCGUACUCCAAGCACCAGAUUCUGGAGCUCGAGAAGGAGUUUCUGUUUAACAUGUACCUCACCAGAGACCGCAGAUACGAGGUGGCCAGGCUCCUCAACCUCACGGAAAGGCAAGUUAAAAUCUGGUUUCAGAACCGGCGAAUGAAGAUGAAAAAAACAAGCAAAGAUGGACCGAAAGACGAUUGAAAUUGCGUGAAAUUAAAACUGUCUGUAGCGAUAUAACUGAAAUAAGAAAGAAAAAGCGUUGGACUACUCUAAUUCUUUAACCAAAUGUGAAUUUGCGUUUAGCUCUCCCUCUCCCCCUCUCUCUCAAUCUUAAAAUGCUUGGUUUCAGAAAGUUAUAGGAAACCGUGCUAUGACCGCAUGUUUCUCGUUUGUUCGUCAAUCUAAUGUGUGUUUCAUCCUCAUACGAAACUACCUUGUAUUGCACAAAAUUUGCAGUCUGUAGAGAAAAUGUUCGUUCAUUUCUGUUUUGAAAAAAAAAAUAUAUAUAUAUAUCACCUGGUCUAGUUUUGCCGCCAUACUUGAGUCUUUUAUGAAUAGGCCCGUGCUAGCUUGUGACUGGACGUAGAUUAGCGAUGUAGCAAUGUGUUUAUUUGUUUUGUAGUUUAUGUGUACCUCAGGGUCGUGUGGAAUGUAAAAACACUUUUAGCUCAUAAGGACAUCGGCAGGCGCAGCACAGGCUGGGAUUAGGCGGUAGAAAGGGAACCAUUCCAAAAAUUGA